ACAAUGUGCUCAUGCCCAGCAUCAUUUGCUGUUAUUUGUUUCUUCGGAAUCAUUGGAAACUGUAUAGUCAUCUACACCAUUGUGAAGAAAACCAAGCUCUGCUCCCAGCAAACGGUGCCAGACAUAUUUAUCUUCAGCUUGUCCAUCGCAGACCUCCUCUUUCUCCUUGGCAUGCCUUUUCUCAUUCACCAGCUGGUGGGUAAUGGCUCCUGGUGCUUUGGUGGUACCAUGUGCACUGUCAUUACAGCGCUCGACUCCAACAGCCAGACUGUCAGCACAUACAUCCUGACUGUAAUGACUCUGGAUCGUUAUCUGGCCACUGUGCAUCCCAUCCGCUUCAAACAUGUCCGAACACCCUUCAUGGCCGGGGCGGCAGUAGCACUGGUGUGGGUGUUUUCUUUGGUCUCCAUCACCCCAGUGUGGAUGUACACAGGACUCAUGCGUCUCAAGGAUGGCUCCGUUGGCUGCGCCCUCCUGCUGCCCAACCCUGCCACAGAUACAUACUGGUUCACCCUCUACCAGUUCUUCUUGGCCUUUGCUCUGCCUUUGGUGGUCAUCUGUGGGGUCUUCUUCAAAAUUCUCCAAAACAUGUCAGCUACAGUUGCUCCACUGCCCCAGCGCAGCCUCAGGGUGCGGACAAGAAAGGUGACCUGUAUGGCAGUGGCCAUUUGCCUGGCAUUCUUCAUUUGCUGGGCCCCCUAUUACAUUCUGCAGCUGGCCCACCUGGGAGUGCAACGGCCCACCUUUGCUUUCCUGUAUGCCUACAACAUCGCCAUCAGCCUGGGCUAUGCCAACAGCUGCAUCAACCCAUUUAUCUACAUUAUUUUAAGUGAAACAUUUAAGAGGCGGUUCAUCGUAGCUAUCCGGCCGUCUCACAGGGUUUUCAGAGUUGCCCCCGCUCUGGCUGAUGGCAGCAUGAAUCUGAGGAUGGCAGUGGACAGCUCUCACCCCUCUCACUUGCAGUCAUCGAGGGAACUGCUUCAAAACAUUCUGCCUGUCACUGUGGCUGUGCACUGACAUGGACAGUUAACUGGCCAAUCCAUGACCACCAGUGCCAACAAAUCACCAUCUGCCACUACUGACUCCUCUGAUUCCCCCAACAAACACUUCUGUUUACAUGGUGGAAUACUGAAGAGAAUUCCAUUCCAAAAGUGACUCAACUACAGUAUGUUUAUGUGCCAAGUGGUUAUAUAAUCUGUAACAUUAGUUCAUGUUCAAAGUGAGUUAUCAUCAUAUUUAUUCAUCCGUUUGACAUGUAACAUUUUUAGACGCAGCAGACUACAGAAAGUCACAAAAUCAAGUCAGCUAUUGAACAAAUGUGGUGAUUAAUCAUCAUUGUACCUCUGUAUUAUUUUUUUGUGUGUGCAUUUGGAAUGGCUGAAAGCAAUUUAAUAAUCUGAGCUAAAAGGAGACAAUUAUGUUUAAAUCUGCAAUCAGUAUUGUUGGAUAACAGAAUCUAUUGUGCAUAUCAUCAUUUGUAUUGUACAGUUUGUCAGUGUUUGUGAUUUUGACCCAGAAAGCCAUGGUGCUAAGAGCCUGAUCAUCUUGUGAACAGCAAACAUGUGGCUCUUGUAUUUCACAGCAGAAAUCAUAGAAUCCACUUGUAUGACACGUAAUCCACAUUCACAGUUCUGCAGCUGCAGCUCGUCACUUUUUAAAUGUAAUGUUGUUAUAUUGUGGCAGGAAAAACCACAAGCAUCUUUUAGCUGACUUUUUACUGCAUCAUUGGUUGCAUAUUAAAACAUCUGCAAUGUCAAAACAAUGGUAUUCGUUGGCAGUGGAGCACAAUUAAAGCAACAUAAACAGCUGCAGGCAGUGCACGUAGUGAUUAGAAUAUAAAAGCUCUGCUUGUGGUGCUUUGAGGGUGCGCUGCUCCUUACACCCCCGUGACCGAUGUGUUUUGAUCUAAAUCACUGACUAAAUGUAGAUUGUCUCCUGUGGGAGGUGAUGGUCUAUGGGCUCUGAUUAUGUUACACUGCUAUCUCUGUAGAUAUCCAAGUCAGUCGUAUUACUUAUUACAUUCAAAGUGAUAUUACAAUGUAUCUCUGUUGUGGCUUGUGAUGCGGUGAUGCAGGGGUUUGUCUUGUAUUUAACUGGGCAUCUUUACUAUGAUGUAACUGCUAUAGAAAUGUGCUCUGUGGCGUGUCUGUUGUAACCUGCUGUGUGUGUUUUAACUCUUCAGUCCUACUCCAGAAGUUACAGAUGACUGGCUUUAACAUGCUCAAAACAAAAAGACUCGCUGGCAGAUUCAGUUUACUCUCAAUAAAAAGUUGCGUUAUGUGUGGAGUUUCAGUGUAUCGUUGAUUUUGGCUAUAUUUACAAACUCCUGUUUGCUGUGUAAGAUUAAAAAUGACAUCUUGUUUCAA